CCCUACUGCGCAGCGAUUGGGCCUUCUGGGUAUCACGUGGUCUGAAGCCUGAUGAUGGCCGGAGCGGGGGAAGAUUCUCGAGCACUCUUUGGGGCUGGCGUCCGCGCGGCGCUAGAGGCAUGGCCGGCCUUGCAGAUCGCCGUGGAGAAUGGCUUCGGGGGCGUGCACAGCCAGGAGAAGGCCGAGUGGCUGGGGGGUGCAGUGGAGGAGUACUUCCUCCGCAACGCUGACUUGGAGCUAGAUGAGGUGGAAGACUUCCUCGGGGAGCUCAUGACGAACGAAUUUGAUACGGUUGUGGAGGAUGGGAGUCUGCCCCAGGUGAGCCAGCAGCUACGAACCAUGUUCCACCACUUCCAGAGGGGUGAUGGUGCUGCUCUGAAGGAGAUGGCCUCCCACAUCACCCAAAGAAAGUGCAAGGUCAGAGCCACUGCAGUUACAACAGCCAGAGAGACGGAUGAAGAUGAUGCGGACAGCGUGGAGGAGAUGGAGGUCACAGCUAUGAAUGAUGGGGCAGCUACAGAUGGGGUUUGCCUCCAGCCUGAAUCCUCUGGUCCAGACUCCCAGACUAUUAAAGAAGAGGAUAUAGUGGAGGAUGGCUGGACCAUUGUCCGGAGAAAGAAAUGAGUAGGGCUGGAUAUGGUUUGGCCCUUGCUUGCUAGUUGUUUUGACACUUGUUUGUAGGGGUUUGGGGGACGGUUGUGGACUUCUGGACUGGUUGCCCCAUCUCCACCCUCUCCCAGUUCCCCUGUCCAGUUUCCUCUAGUGGAAGAAGAGCUUUAGGGUCCUUGCUCUUGAGGUAGUGGGACCUGGUUCAUCACACUCCCUUGGGCCUUAAGUUACUGGCUGCACGAUGAAGCCUGGUUUGCUAGCACAUUCUUGGGUACAGUCAGUAUGAAGAGGGAGGGAUGAGUGGGUGUGGGCGUUACUGGAGGAGAAACUAAAUACUGGUUGGCAAUAGCCAGGUGGAUUUGUGAAGGAGAGGACCAGUACUCCUGCUGGGUCAGGAGUGGUGAGAUAAAUGUGCAGACCAGAAGCGAGAUGAGAAGUGAAGACGUGAACGAAAAUAGCUAUGGUACUUCUCCCUCUUUUCCCUCUGUUCCCCGCCCCCAUACACAGAACAGUUCUGUACCCCUGCCCAGAAAUUGGAACCUCCCAGGAACACUCCCUUCCUGCAGCCCAGCCUCCAGCCCUGGGUUCCUUCAGGAAGUCUAAGAUUUGGGGUAGGUGGUGAGUUUGGGGGACCUUGGCUUUGUUUUCUGUCUUCUCCAGCCUCUUUCCAUACUCUUAUCCAAGUCCAGAGAUGAGGCUUAAAACCUCAAUAAAUAGUACCUUAUUGUUUAA